UAAUAAAAAAAUAAUUAUCAGAUUUUGCUAUGAGUUUGUGAGAUAGCAAGAGUAGUUAGGAUAAAGAUACGAGGAACUUGGAACACUAUAAAGAUCAAAUUAAAUAUGGGAUUUGGAUGAAAAAGAGAGGAUCGAGAUUAGUUGUGUGCACAUUUUUUUGAAACAACUCAUUGAUUGCUGUUAUCAUGUUGAUACUUGUUAUAAAAUAAAGUUUUUUUCUAUGAAAUAGAGAAUUAUCCAUCUACUAUCAAACCACACUAUUUUCAAAACCGUAUGGAAUAGAAUAGGCAACAGAUCAUGUUUUAUACGACACUACAAGUUUCUCAUCACCAUCACACCCCACUCCUAGUCAGAGAAGAAAAUAGGCAAAUACAGUAAUGUGGUUUAAAUAACUCAUGCACGACCCGCCGCUUCCAAUCAAACCAAACCUUGGACCCAAAGAAAACGCCUGCAUUUAGUUAGCCGUUUCCCACCUGUUUUAGCGAGAGCUAGAGAGAAGCGUGGAGUCGUUCCCUUUCUCAGGGAUUAUCGUCACGAAAAGAGCUUAACUAAAAGACACCAGGCCAGCGAUGAGCUCUGCGAUUUUGCACUUCAUUCUCAUGCUAGAUUUUUCAGUCUUUAAAUCGUUCCCAAUAAUACCAGUAUAAACAGUAUUAACCAUAAAAACUGUUGCAGGAGUACAUGGACGUGAUCUUCGAGACAUCCAGAGGAAGGCACUUCACCAUAGAGAUUGGCUUUUUUGACACUGUGCUCGAGAUCAAGGAGAAGAUCCACAGGUAUGAAGGCUACCCAGUCUCGAGCCAGAAGCUGGUCUUCAUAGGUGAGGAACUGAUUGACGAUCGCGACACCGAGCACUACAAAAUUCUUCAAGGUUCUCGACUGAAAUUGAUCGUCGCCGAGCCUGAUGACGGAAGUCAAGUGAGAGCCGGCCGGGUCCAUGUCAUUGUCAAGAUUCCAAUUUCAGAGAGGCAACUGUUGUUGGAAGUCAAUGUAAUGGACGCUGUUAGCAGGUUGAAGGAGAGAAUUCAGGAGUUUGAAGGCAUACCAGAAAAUCAAUUUGCAUUGUUUUAUGGUACCAUCGAGUUGCAAGAUAAUCGAGCAUUGGCUGACUAUGGAGUUACCGAACAGUCUGAAGUGAAUGUAGUUACAAAUCCAUUUCUGCCGGAUUAUGAUACCAUCAAGUUACAAUACUAUCGAGCAUUGGCUGACUAUAGAGUUACUGAACAGUCUGAAGUGAAUGUAGUUAUAAAGCCAUUUCUGCCCGGUUAUGUUACCAUCGAGUUGCAACACAAUCGAGCAUUGGCUGACCAUGGAGUUACCGAACAGUCUGAAGUGAAUGUAGUUACAAGGCCAUAUCUGUCGGGUUAUGGUACCAUCGAGUUGCAAGACAAUCAAGCAUUGGCUGACUAUGGAGCUACUGAACAGUCUGAAGUGAAUGUAGUUACAAGACCAUUUCUGCCAGGACCAACAACCUCUACAUCCAAGAAACUGAAGCUGCUGGUGAUGCCGAAAUGCAGGACAAAGAAGAUACCAGUUGAAGUGAGUGCAUCGGAUAAUGUAAGCGAGCUGAGGAAGGAGUUGCAGAGAUUGCAAGCUCAUCUACAAUUUCAUCUGCCUAGUGAAGGAUACUUCUUCAUGUACAAGCAGAAUGUUAUGGAUGAUAAUCGAACCUUCCAUUGGCAUAAUGUACAGCCAGGUGAUACCAUUGAAAUUUUUAAUGGGAGUGUGACCGGUGGAUCAUGAUGUUCAUUUGUUUUGUUUUUUUUUUUUUUAAUACUGCGCAUUUCAGAAUUAAUUGUAAGCCUGCUUGGGAUUUAGUAAAAAACACCAAUUAAAUCUCUGGUGGUUGAGAACAGAUUAUGAUUUCAAUUUGAUCUUCAUUUUUGUUAAAAUAUUAUUAUGAUUCUCAGUUGUGAUCAAAAGAUCUUUUAGAGAAGCAGUGUUGGGUUUUAUCUGAAUAGUUUAAUAAUUAAUUAUGACAUCAACUGUUGAUAAUUUAUGUUUGAUUCCAAUUGGGUGAAGCACAACACUGGUGAUGUUUUUCAGGAUUAGUGACGAAAUGGUUGGAACUUUUGUUCAACAUUUCGUCUUGAAGUUGGAGAUGUUUUUCAUACUUAGUGAUGAAACAGUUGGAACUCAUUCAACAUUGUGGCACGUGAGAGCCUAUUUGGCAAAGAGAGGAAGCUGAGAAAGAAAGUUCUACUGAAGAGAUGAGUGAUACUAGAGGGAACAUACAAUAUGUUGAAGUAGAGGAAGAAUUAUAGAUAUCUUAAUCCUUUUCCUGUAGUUGAUCCUCUGUUUAGAACAAUUCUUGGUCACAAGUUAGUCUAUUCUCCAUCCAACAACUAGAUAUGAUGUUGUUAUGAAGACUUAAAUAGUUGGACAGAGUCAUGGGAAGCCUUGAAAAACCCAUCCCAAUAGACUCAAUGUUGUUACGCACUAAACUAGCUAAACAAGGUAAAAAGGGGUAGCAUGACUCGUCUAACAACUAUUUAAGUCUUUUCCUAGCAUUGAACAGGCGCAAAGCAUGUCAGUGAAGCAAGGAAGGCUAUGGUUCCUGUCUGAUUGGUUCUCUUGUUUCUCUCAGAAUAGGAUGGCUAGACUAGACAAUGGAGUAAUUAUCUUGGAUUUUCUUUUCCUUUUUUCUAGUUCUUUUUUUUGUGAUUCUUUGUAACUUUCAAACCGGAAAAACUAAACAAAGAGAGGUGGUUAUACUAAUAAGAAAAAAACAAAAUAUCUUGGAGAAUGGAGAAUUUAGUCCAUUAUGCAACAGUUACCACCACCACCACCACCACCACCACCACCACCACCACCAUCACCAUCACAAUUACAAUUAAUGUUUAUAGCAUUUACGAUCAAUGAUAUCCUCAUACCAACAUUACAUGCCAUUUUUUCAAUAAUAUCGACAUAAAGAAUCAAUACAUCAUAUCAAAGUCCAAUACAUAUCUCAUAUCAUAAUCAUAUUCAUAUUAUAUACUUGAACAUAGGUAUCUAAUCCUUUUAGCUCUACAGCCUUGACUACAGUGCAUUUAUACCGCUACAACUCAGGUAUCACCAUGAUUAUCCCUGUGGCAAGGUUACCACGAUGUCCUCCGUGAUAAGGAUCAUCAUGAUCACCCCCAUGGCAGGGUCGCCACACUAUAUCCCUAUGGCAGGGUAUCAUUAUGAUCACCCCCAUGGUGGGGAUCAUCAUACAAUCAGGUGAUGCAUAUAAAUAUAUAUAACUUAAGCAUUUCCUUCCUUUUUUAAAAAAACUGUUUUGAAGUAUACAAUCAGACAUGCAAUAUUCGAGAUCUUACAUGCCUGAUCCAACAUAACAAGUAUCACCAUGCAAUUUAAUUAAUAGAACUACAAUCAUCAAUUAAUUAUCUAUCUUUAUAGAGAUUUCAUGCAUGAUUAAUUUUGAAUUUAUCAUAAUAAUUUAUACUAUCUUGAAUGACAAGAUAAUUUUCAAUUCAUAUUGAUUAAUUAAUAUAAAGUGCGGA